AUGUCUCUUGCUGGUUAUUGUGUAGCUACUUACAUUCUUGGUAUUAAAGAUAGACAUCAAGACAAUAUAAUGCUUGCAAACGAUGGAAGGAUAUUUCACAUUGAUUUUGGACAUAUUUUGGGACAUACAAAAAGAAAAUUGGGAAUUAAUCGUGAGAGAACAGAUUUUGUUUUGACUGAUCAUUUUCUUUAUGUAAUUUCUCGAGGAAAAACAAACUUUAGACAAACAUAUGAAUACAAUAGGUUAGAAAUUUUUUCUUAA